AUGGACGAGCAGGAAUUCGUAUCGCUGCUGCAGGCGCUGCAGCAGCCCGACACGAACAAGGUCAAGGCGGCCACCAGCCAACUCAACAACUCCUACUACAAGUCGCCGCAGUCGGUGGUAGCUCUCAUCCACAUCAUCAUCAGCGGCUCCGAGUCUUCGCUCAGACAGCUGGCUGCGGUCGAGGCACGUAAGCUUGUCUCGAAGCACUGGGCAGCGGUGUCCGAAGAGCAGAAGCCGCAGCUUCGAGAACAGCUCCUCCAAAGCACGAUCGAUGAGGAAAAGCAGCUUGCAAGACACAGCAAGGCCAGAGUCAUUGCAUCCAUCGCCAAGGUCGAUCUCGAGGAUGGCCAGUGGACGGAGCUUCCGGGGAUCCUCCAGCAAGCGGCCACCAGCGCUACCGCACGUCACCGCGAGGUGGGCGUCUACAUCAUCUUCACCCUCCUCGAGACGAUGCCCGAUAUGUUUCAGGAGAAUAUGGGCCAGAUGCUCUCUCUGUUCAACCGCACUAUCCAAGACCCAGAGUCUAUCGAAGUCCGUGUGAACACCAUGCUUGCACUGUCGGAACUCGCAAUGGUUCUUGACACCGAGGAGGACACGAAGAGCUUGAAGAGCUUCCAAGAGACGAUUCCCCACAUGGUUAGAGUACUCCAGACUACCAUACAAGAGGAGGACGACGAACACACCAUGCAAGCUUUCGAUGUGUUCAACAAGCUGCUGAGCUACGAGAGCGCUUUCCUCAACAGCCACUUCGGCGACUUGCUGCAAUUCUUCAUGCAGGUUGCCGGUAAGACAGAGAUCGAUGAGGAGGUUCGAUCACAAGCAAUCAGCUUCCUCAUGCAAGCUGUUCGCUACCGGAAGCUGAAGGUGCAGAGCUUGAAGGUCGGAGAGCAAAUGACAAAGAUAUGUGUCCAGAUUGCAACUGAGCUCGACGAGCUCCCGUCAGAGGAGGAUGAUAUCUCUCCGGCUCGCUCAGCUCUUGGUCUGCUGGAUAUCUUGAGCGAGAGUUUGCCUCCAAGCCAAGUUGCAGUCCCUCUUUUGAAGACCAUCGGGCCGUACGUUCAAGACAGCCGCCCUGAGUACAGAAAGGCUGGCAUCCUGUCUUUGGGCAUGUGCGUCGAGGGUGCUCCCGACUUUAUUGCCACCCAGCUAUCUGAGAUCCUGCCACUCGUUCUGCACCUCUUGGAGGACCCGGCUAUUAGCGUCCGCAGUGCCGCACUCAACAGCGUGUCCCGUCUAGCGGACGAUCUCGCCGAAGACAUGGGCAAGGAGCACGCCAAACUUAUCCCUGCGCUUGUGAGGAACUUCGACUUGGCACUACAAGGCAUGAGGAAUUCGCAACAAGGAUCCAAGGAGCAUGAGCUUAAUACCCACAUCAUCAAGGCCAGUGCUAUGGCCGUUGACUCUCUGAUCGAGGGUCUCGAGGCCGAAGAUGCCGCUCGUUAUGUGAAUGAGCUCAUGCAGCGAUUCAGUCUGCUGGUUAAUCACGAUGACCCCAAGGUCCAAAUGGCUGCCGUCAGCGCUGUUGGUAGCAUUGCCAGCGCCUCGGAGAGCGCAUUCCAGCCAUAUUUCGAGAAGACUAUGCAAAGCCUUGGCAAGUACAUUGAGGUCAAGGACAGCGAAGACCUGCUUGAGCUGAGAAGCAUGGUCGUCGACUCUCUUGGAAAGAUUGCCGGUGCAGUAGGCGCAGAGGCUUUCCAGCCCUACGUGCGGCCGCUCAUGCAAUCGAGCGAGGAAGGCUUGAACCUCGACCAUCAGAGGCUGAAGGAGACGAGCUUCAUUCUCUGGAGCACACUGGCUCGAGUGUACGAGGAGAACUUCGAGCCCUUCCUGUCAGGCGUUGUCACGUCCUUGUUUGACUGUUUGGAGCAAGAAGAGACCGACUCUGAAGUUCAACUUGGUGCUGAGGCGUCAGACCUCGUUGGACAAGAAGUCACCAUUGCCGGCAAGAAGAUUAAGGUCGCCGGUGCAAACGGAAUCAAUGAAGACGACGAGAUUGCGGAGGAAGAUGUCAUCAAGGCUCUCAUGGAGACCGAGGGCGACGACGACGAUGACUGGGAUGACCUUGGAGCAGUCACUGCCGUGGCUAUGGAGAAGGAGAUCGCGGUCGAGGUGCUUGGAGACGUUCUCACUCACGCCAAGAGCAAGUAUCUGCCCUACAUGGAGAAGACCAUCGAGACUACCAUUCCUCUCCUGGAUCACACUUUUGAGGGUGUGAGGAAGAGCGCUGUCAGUACCUUGUGGCGCGCCUAUGCCUGCCUGUGGGGAUUGGCCGAAGACAACGGCAUGCAAAAGUGGCAGCCAGGCCUUCCUGUCAAGGUUAAGCCUACCCAAGAUCUGGAGAAGCUUGGCGAUCUGGUCAUGAAGGGAACUCUUGCCUUGUGGGAAGAAGAGAUGGACCGGUGAGUACAGUACACUUCUUUCACUCUCCCUGACCAACGUGAUGACAACACUCCGUAACUCAGCUCACUCUUAGCGCUACGGCACAUGCUGCGAAAUCGUAGAGGCUGUUUCUGAUCUUGCAACUCGCCUACACUGCACAAUUUGAAUGAAAUUAGAGGGGACCACGUGCUAACUUGCAUCCAGUGCUACCGUCACCGAAAUCAAUCGCAACUUGGCAGCAACUCUCAAGCUUUGCGGCCCUGCUGUUCUUUCUCCGCAAACAAAGGAGCAUUCCACGCCUCUCGAGCAGGCCACAGCAGCUCUCAUGCUCAUUUUGUCGCGUCAGCACCCGUGUCAGAAGGACGAGGACGAUUUCGAUGAGCCCGCGCCAACAGAGAGCGAGACUGCGGAGUACGACUGGCUAGUCAUCGAAACUGCCAUGGAAGUAAUUGCCGCCCUCGGCACUGCCCUCGGCGAGCAAUUUGGCGAGCUCUGGAAGAUCUUCGAGUCACCGAUCAUGAAGUAUUGCUCGUCUCAGGAGAAGUUUGAGCGAGUGGCUGCUGUCGGUACCAUGGCUGAUGCCAUCGAGUCCAUGGGUCCUGCGUGCACUCCUUACACCUCCAAGAUGAUGACACUACUGCUCAAGCGCAUGCGUGACGAGGAUCCAGAGGUCAAGAGCAAUGCUGCUUUUGGCAUGGGUCUGCUCUGUCUGAACAGCACCGAUGACAAGCAGAUCCUGGGCAACUACAACACUAUCCUCGGGCUGCUGGAGCCUCUUCUCCAAGCCCAGAGCGGCUCGACCGAUGAGACUCAGGCCCGCUUACUGGACAACGCUGCGGGCUGUGUCAGCCGCAUGAUCAAGAAGGCGCCUUCCCACGUUCCUCUUCAGGAGGUCCUCCCUCGAUUGGUGGAGCUGCUGCCGCUCAAGGAGGACUUCCGCGAGAACGAGCCCGUCUUUGACAUGAUCGUGACGCUGUACCAGUCGCAGAACGAGGUCAUCCAAGGCUUGACCGGCAAGCUCAUGCCUGUGUUUGAGCAGGCCAUGGGCCCACCCGAGGAUCAGCUCACGGAGGAGACGAGAGGCAAGCUUACUCAGCUUGUGCAGUACUUGAGAGGUUAA